UUGCAAAUUCGAAUCGGUUUAGCAGCGCUCAAGCUCGUCAGUGUGCUCGCUACAAGACAUCAAACAUGUUGAAAGAGUUGGUGAAAGAGCGACUAAUGGCGGCAGCUGACGAAAUAUUCGCGCUGUUUGAAAGCACGAUAACGUCGUACGAAGAGGAACUUUCUCGAACGAGAGAGGAGAAGGAGCGACAUCGACAACAACUGGAAGCUGCUCGCAAAACUCAAAUUGUGCUACACGUUGAAGGCGUUCAGCAGCAAGAAGAACGUCCACCUACGCCACAGGAGGGAAGCUCCACGUUGAAGCAGGAUGAUCCACAGCCCCCUUACAUUAAAGAGGAAGAGCAAGAACUAUGGAUCAGUCUUUUCGGGUUGCAGGAUUCUGAUCUCACCAAGUUGCCUCUGACUGGUGUCUCUGUGAAGACUGAAGACCAUGAAGACAAACCCCAAGUUGACAACCUCUUAGCUCCUCUAUCAGAUAGUGACGAUAUAACAUCACACUCUACCGAGGAUAAAGACGAAGAUUACACCCAAGAACCUUUGAGCAGCAAUACAGACUGUGAGGGUGAUACCAGGACUCACAAUGACAACCAACACCCUGAAUGCUCUGAAAAGAAGACGGGUAAAACGAGUUUUAUCUGCUCAUUUAAAAGCUUUUGUGAUACAAGGAAUCAUGCUCCACAAACAAGAACACACACGGGAGAAAAACCUUUCAAUUGCUCAGUUUGUGGCAGUACAUUUUCUCGGAAGGGCUAUUUGACCAAACACAUGAGAACGCACACAGGAGAAAAACCUUUCAGUUGCUCAUUUUGCGGCGUGAAAUUUUCUCGCAUGUACUGCCUGAAAAUACACAUGAGAAGACACACAGGAGAGAGACCUUUUAUUUGUUCAGUUUGUGGGAAGAAAUACUGUCGGAAUGACAGCCUGCAGUUACACAUGAGAAAACACACAGUAGAAAUACAUUUUAUUUGUCCAGUUUGUCGUACAUUUUUCGCUGAUGAGCAGAGUUUGACGGCACACAUGUCGGCACACGACGGAGAAUAAAUGUUUCCCUGUGCAGUUUGUGCUACAAGAUUGCCAAGUUGUAGAAGUGGAAUGUCUUGCAUGAGAAGUACAAAACCCAAAAUCAGUGAAGUUGGUACAAUAUGUGAACAGAAUACAAUGAUUUGCAAAUCCCUUUCAACUUAUAUUCAAUUGAAUAGACUGCAAAUACAAAAUACUUAAUGUUCCAACUGAGAAACUUAUUUUUUUUUUGCAAAUAAUCAUUGACUUAGAAUUGAAUGGCAGCAACACAUUGCAAAAAAAGUUGUCACAGGGGCAUUUUUACCACUGUGCUACAUGGCCUUUCCUUUUAACAACACUCAGUAAAAGUUUGGGAACUGAGGAGACACAUUGUUGAAGCUUUUCAGGUGGAAUUCUUUCCCAUUCUUGCCUGAUGUACAGCUUAAGUUGUUCAACAGUCCGGGGUCUCCGUUGUGGUAUUUUGGGCUUCAUAAUGCGCCACACAUUUUCAAUGGGAGACAGGUCUGGACUACAGGCAGGCCAGUCUAGUACCCGCACUCUUUUACUAUGAAGCCACGCUGUUGUAACUUGUGGCUUGGCAUUGUCUUGCUGAAAUAAGCAGGGGCGUCCACGAUUACCUUGCUUGGAAGGCAACAUAUGUUGCUCCAAAACCUGUAUGUACCUUUCAGCAUUAAUGGUGUCUUCACAGAUGUGUAAGUUACCCAUGCCUUGGGCACUAAUACACCCCCAUACCAUCAGAGAUUCUGGCUUUUGAACUUCACGCCUAUAACAAUCUGGUUGGUUCUUUUUCUCUUUCUUACGGAGGACACAAUUUCCACACUUUCCAAAAACAAUUUGAAAUCUGGACUCGUCAGACCACAGAACACUUUUACACUUUGUAUCAGUCCAUCUUAGAUGAGCUCGGGCCCAGCGAAGCCGGCGGCGUUUCUGGGUGUUGUGGAUAAAUGGCUUUCGCUUUGCAUAGUUUAGUUUUAACUUACAUUUACAGAUGUAGCGACCAACUGUAGUUACUGACAGUGGUUUUCUGUAGUGUUCCUAAGCCCAUGUGGUAAUAUCCUUUACACACCGAUGUCGCUUUUUGAUGCAGUACCGCCUGAGGGAUUGAAGAUUUGUAAUAUCAUCGCUUACGUGCAGUGAUUUCUCCAGAUUCUCUGAACCUUUUGAUGAUAUUACGGACCUAGAUGGUGAAAUCCCUAAAUUCUUUGCAAUAGCUGGUUGAGAAAUGUUGUUCUUAAACUGUUGGACAAUUUGCCCAUCCUUGUUUGUGAAUGACUGAGCAUUUCAUGGAAGCUGCUUUUAUUCCCAAUCAUGGCACCCACCUGUUCCCAAUUAGCCUGUUCACCUGUGGGAUGUUCCAAAUAAGUGUUUGAUGAGCAUUCCUCAACUUUAUCAGUCUUUUUUGCCACUUGUGCCAGCUUUUUUGAAACAUGUUGCAGGCAUCAAAUUCCAAAUGCGCUAAUUAUUGCAAAAAAUAACAAAGUUGACCCGUUCAAACGUUAAAUAUCUUGUCUUUGCAGUCUAUUCAAUUGAAUAUAAGAUGAAAAGGAUUUGCUAUAUUUUGUAUUUUGUUUUUAUUUACCAUUUACACAACGUGCCAACUUCACUGGUUUUGGGUUUUGUAUAUUAGGAACAUUUAUCAUCUUAUCUACUGGAAGACUCUCUCUGUUAUUUCUGCCUGCCACUGAUGUGUGUUUGUAAGAUGUCUAGCACAUUAAACAUUUAGCAACAUGU